UCUCCCCAGGACACUCUCUUGGAGAGGGUUGGAGCGUACAGAGCUAAUACAACGAAGCUUCUUCAUCCUUCCGCUGAGAGAAAUGGACUGGGCUGAUAGGGGCGGGGACCGGCUCCGCUUGAAGCGUGUACAGCACAUGGGUAGCGGGAGCGCUCCUUGGUGCUCAGUCAGGAGGGACAGCGCAACAGACGGAGGAGUGGCAUUGCGCGCCGUACAUCAGAGGACCGGGGAUUUAAACUUAAAAAUGGGAGAAAUAAACGCUUGACCUGAUAUCAUAUCAGAGCGUUGCUAAGUUGAAUACGGUUUAUUUUGCUCGCAUUUUAUUUAAUGUUUUUUUUUCCCCCUUUCUAUCUCACUCAGUAUUUUUUUUAGAAAUGACAUGAUGUCAUUCUCAAAAAGAUACGCAUUUCCACGGAGCUCGGAACGGGGGUCUCGCAUAGGAUUUACCAAGCGAAGAGCGUAAAGUUUCUUUUUUUCAACAUGAAACAUUUCGUGGAAAACCAAUAAGUGAAAAAGAGGAACGAAAUGGGAUCUCUCAACUCCAGUGGAAUUGAUGCUUUCCCCUUCUUCCCUGCAAAUUCCUCCCGGACGCUGGACGCUCAGUAUUCCCUGGCGACAAUUGCCGGUCUGGCAGCGCUCGUAAGCUUUCUCAUUUUGUUCACCAUUGUCGGGAAUGUGCUCGUGGUGAUCGCAGUACUAACAAGCCGGGCACUCAAAGCCCCACAGAACCUCUUCCUGGUCUCCUUGGCUACAGCUGACAUUCUGGUGGCUACACUGGUGAUGCCGUUCUCCCUCGCCAAUGAGCUCAUGGGAUACUGGUACUUCGGCAAAGUUUGGUGUGGCAUCUACCUGGCAUUAGACGUCUUAUUCUGCACCUCCUCCAUCGUCCAUCUGUGUGCCAUCAGCCUUGACCGGUACUGGUCGGUAACGCAGGCGGUCGAGUACAACCUGAAACGGACGCCGAGGCGCUUGAAAGGCAUCAUCGUGGUGGUGUGGCUGCUGUCGGCGCUCAUCUCCUCGCCGCCGCUCAUCACCAUCGAGGGGCACCCGGAAUUCCAGGCGCUGCGCCCGCAGUGCAAGCUGAACGACGACACCUGGUACAUGCUCUCCUCCAGCAUCGGCUCCUUCUUCGCCCCUUGCCUCAUCAUGGUGGCUGUGUACGUGCGCAUCUACCAGGUGGCCAAGACGCGCACGCGCAGCGCCUCCGGGAAGAAGAAGUGUGUGGUGGGCUCUGACGGUGUGACACAGACGCAGACGGAGAACGGAUUCAGCAAGGCGGCGGUGACAGGGGUAUCGGUCGGGGAUUCACCGGUGGGGGUGCUUAGGGUCAACGGCGAGCAGCGGGAGAACGGACACUGCCUGUCGGCACCCACCACACCCGCGCGCGGCCAGAUGACCACCACCGGCACCACCACCACAGAGGAUCUGGAGGCAGAGGAGAGCAGCUCGUCGGAGGGUAAAGGCGCACGGCAGGAGAAAGACCCGGCAGGGGGCGGCGGGGCAGACGGGCACAAGGGCAGCGUUCAGCCCAAGCACGCCGGUCGGGCAUCGCGCGCCAGCUGCAAGUCCAUGGACCUGUUCGCCUCGCGGCGGAAGCGGCGUGGCACGGCGUCGCGCAAGAAGGCUUCGCAGGCGCGCGAGAAGCGCUUCACCUUCGUGCUGGCCGUGGUCAUGGGCGUGUUCGUGAUCUGCUGGUUCCCCUUCUUCUUCACCUACAGCUUGCAGGCCGUGUGCCGGGCCUGUUACAUCCCCGACCCUCUCUUCAAAUUCUUCUUCUGGAUCGGGUACUGCAACAGCUCCCUCAACCCCGUCAUCUACACCAUCUUCAACCAGGACUUCCGCAGGGCCUUCCAGAAGAUUCUCUGCAAGUCCUGGAAGAAAUCCUUUUAGGAGACGAAGCAAUCAAUCAGUCUGCUGGAAGUCAAUAGAGGCAAAAAUGAUGGGAGGAUUUAGCAGGACGUCCAUGGAACAUACUGACAAUCAGAUUUUUUGUACGUGACAGUGCACAGUGGGGGGAGGCAGCAGGAACCAGACUGGAGUUUAUACUGGGACUGGUUUGUACAGCACUGUAAAUAAGCCAGUCAAGCACAGCCAUAGGCCACCAAGUAUCUGAAGCAGCCGUCUCAGUGGCAGCAGAGUCACCCUCUCCCUGGACCUACACGGAGUCGCUGCAUCUGCGCUCACAUCUAUGGUCACACAACAGGAUAUGGACAUAUCCCCGAGGCAGAUCUGUCCGCUAUUUUUCCUUCAGAAGCAAGGGCAGCACACACACUCACACACACACACACACGCG